GGGUAGCGGAGGCGGCAGGGCCGGGCCGGCGGGCGACAGCGGGCCUCGGCGCCCGGGUGGAGUGGCGCGGGCCCACCUAGCCGGGGUUGGCGGUGGGCGGGACGAGGAUUCGGACCCCGCGGCCUCUCGGAGGUUCUCCAACACGACUCAUGAGAGCGUCAACUUCACCCUUCACACUACCUCGGCCGUCACCACGAAGCUGGUGCUGCCAACUCCUGCCAAGCCUAUCCUUCCGGUGCAGACGGGAGAGCAGGCCCAGCAGGAGGAGCAGUCGAGUGGCAUGACCAUUUUCUUCAGCCUUCUUGUUCUAGCCAUCUGCAUCAUCCUGGUGCACCUGCUGAUUCGGUACCGACUGCACUUUCUCCCUGAGAGCGUGGCUGUUGUUUCUCUAGGUAUCCUCAUGGGAGCGGUGAUAAAGGUGAUAGAGUUUAAGAAGCUGGCGAAUUGGAAGGAGGAAGAAAUGUUUCGCCCCAACAUGUUUUUCCUUCUCUUGCUCCCACCUAUCAUCUUCGAGUCGGGAUACUCACUGCACAAGGGGAACUUCUUUCAGAACAUCGGAUCCAUCACUCUGUUCGCUGUCUUUGGAACGGCCAUCUCGGCUUUUGUAGUAGGUGGAGGAAUUUACUUUCUGGGUCAGGCUGAUGUAAUCUCUAAACUCAACAUGACAGACAGCUUUGCAUUUGGCUCCCUGAUAUCUGCCGUCGACCCGGUCGCCACCAUUGCGAUUUUCAAUGCACUGCACGUGGACCCUGUGCUCAACAUGCUGGUGUUUGGAGAAAGCAUUCUCAACGAUGCAGUUUCCAUUGUCCUCACCAACACGGCUGAAGGUCUGACAAGAAAACAUAUGUCAGAUGUCAGUGGGUGGCAAACGUUCUCACAGGCCCUCGGCUACUUCCUCAAAAUGUUCUUUGGUUCCGCAGCGCUUGGCACGCUGACUGGCUUGAUCUCAGCAUUAGUGUUAAAGCACAUUGAUCUGAGGAAAACGCCCUCCCUGGAGUUUGGCAUGAUGAUCAUUUUUGCUUACCUGCCAUAUGGGCUGGCAGAGGGGAUCUCCCUGUCAGGCAUCAUGGCGAUCCUGUUUUCUGGCAUUGUGAUGUCACACUAUACGCACCAUAACCUCUCCCCAGUCACCCAGAUCCUCAUGCAGCAGACCCUCCGGACUGUGGCCUUUCUGUGUGAAACAUGUGUGUUUGCAUUUCUUGGCCUCUCCAUUUUUAGUUUCCCUCACAAGUUUGAAAUUUCCUUUGUCAUCUGGUGCAUAGUGCUGGUCCUGUUCGGCAGAGCUGUCAACAUCUUCCCUCUGUCCUAUCUGCUGAACUUCUUCCGAGAUCACAAGAUCACCCCCAAGAUGAUGUUCAUCAUGUGGUUCAGUGGUCUUCGAGGGGCCAUCCCCUAUGCACUGAGCCUGCACCUGGGCCUGGAGUCCAUGGAGAAGCGCCAGCUCAUCGGCACCACCACCAUCAUCAUCGUACUCUUCACCAUCCUGCUGCUGGGCGGCAGCACCAUGCCCCUCAUCCGCCUCAUGGACAUCGAGGACGCCCGGGCACGCCGAAGGAGCAAGAAAGACGUCAACCUCAGCAAGACAGAGAAGAUGGGGAACGCCAUCGAGUCAGAGCACCUGUCUGAGCUCACUGAAGAAGAGUAUGAAGCUCACUACAUCAGACAGCAGGAUCUCAAAGGCUUUAUGUGGCUGGACGCCAAGUACCUGAACCCCUUCUUCACACGGCGGCUGACACAGGAGGACCUCCACCACGGACGCAUCCAGAUGAAGAGCCUCACCAACAAAUGGUAUGAGGAGGUCCGUCAGGGGCCGUCAGGCUCUGAGGAUGAUGAGCAGGAGCUGUUCUGAGCCCGCAGUGCCUCACCCAGCCUCCUCAGAACACAAGAUGGUAGGCCAAGGGCUAGUCUUAGCUGGGAAGCCUCAGGCCUUUGGAGCAUGCUGGCUUCAGAACUGUGAUAGGCCUCCACGACUCACGGAACCAGACGUACCCCAGUGUUGUUUCUGGGCAGGCCUGCAGAGGAUGGCAGCCUCUUUCCUGCUUCUCUGCCAGGCCACAGAGAGAGCUUUGGGAGGCUGCUUGCUCACCUCACAGCCUGGGCCAGGCCUUCCUCACACCUCUGGAGCAGCUGCUGGAAGGCACGUCUGCCAUUUGUCUCAGAAUGUCACGGUGCCUUGGUGUCAGCAGCAGUAACCUCGACCUGGUACCAAAGCCAAGAGACUCUGAGGCCUCACAGUACCUGUUCUGUCUGACACUCCCUCAGAGAAAAGCUGAAGGACUUUCUUUUUUCUUGACAUGGAACUGGCACUUCCCAGCCUGCCUUUGGGAAGGCACCUAUGCCCUCCUGUGGGCACAAUGAAAUGUUUACACUGAGCCUGGCACCAGGCUUCCAGGAAAGGUUCACCCAUGCCCUGGGUUUGGAGUGUUCUCAAAAGAGACAAGAUGGAAGCACAGGGUCUUUGGAGGCACCUUUCUCAUGUGUGGGAGUUUCCUUCAUGUCCCCUCUCCUCCCUCCCACUGCCUCAUCUCUCACUAUUGUCCUGUCUCCCCAGUGGCUUCUUUCUAGACCCUGAAACAUGAAGCUCCCUCUACCCAGCUGCUGUUCAGAGCCCAGCUCUGUCUUUUACCAGAUUCUGGAGCUUGGGUCCUCUGCCCUCCAUGCCAGAGCCCCAGCUCUCCAAGACACUGGGACAGUCCUCCCGACUCUGGCUACUUGGAAUCCAGUGACUUUGGGUCACAGAAACACCCAUGCAUGUCGCAGGACGAGGUGCUGGGUCAGACCACAGGCAAUGGUUGUUGCCUGAUGUCCUCACCUGCCCUUCUAUGAGUGCUGUCCUCUGCUAGUCUGUAGCCCUAGUCCCCCGCUGUACUCCAGUAUGGCCCUGACUCACAAUGGGGACACAGCAGGCCUUGCUGCAGGUGUUUCUGACCUCAGGUAUUGUGGUUUUGAUGUUGGGAAGGACAGCCAGGCCUUUAAGGCCCUGCCACCUCACUGUGCCGCAGAAGCUGGUGAAGUCGGAAGCAUGCGCUUCUCCUUGGCAAAGCUGAGGCAUAGCCCUUCCUCAUCUCUCACCUCAGCCCUGGGUCUGGAGCUGCUCUGGGGCUUUGGGUAACCUUGGGGUUAAGGGGCUGCGUUCAGGUUGGGUUGUUCUUUUUCUCAGAACAUAGGUUCCAUCUUUGAGAUGAAGAAUCAGGGUGUCAUUCAGUUGGCCCUUGUCUCCAGGUCUCCUGUCCCUGGUCCAUCAUUCAUGGCCUCCUCCUCCUCCUAGCUGAGACCUGAAGUGAGCUUCCCAGAGCUUGUGAGAAUGUUGCUGCACCAGGUGAUGCCUCUGCCUCCUGCUGGAGGAUGUAGGCUUCACACCCUGGGAGACUGCCCAGCCCUUCAGAGCCACUGGCCGGGGGCAAAGUGCUGGAUGCUUUUCCUUUCUCAGAUGUUUUCCUGAGACACAAACUGCCGCUGCCACCUCCUCAGACUUGCUGUCCUGUUGUGUGUGGUGGCAGAGGUGCAAAUGGUACAAGACGCCGUCCCAGUUGUGCUGUGAGUUUCCGGUCUAAGCCAGAAGCUAAUAUUUCAGAGUAGGGAGGGCACGGGCACCCCUGGAUAUCAGGCAUUUUAGCCAGUGGGCAGGCCAGACCCUGUACAUCCUGGUGGUCCAUCCCUCGGUGUAUAUGUUAGGUCUUGGAAUCAGUGCAGUGCUGUGGUCACAGGCUCCCUCUGAACAGCCACGUCUUUGACAGGCUGAGGGGCUCGGUGUGCAGAUUUCUUUUGUGCAGUAGAGUGCCAAGAGACUGGGCAGAAGGCCUUCUUAUAACCUGCGGGGCCAUGCAGCUGCUGCUUUGCUGACCCCUCCUCCCUGAGCUGUGGAGGCACCUGUGGUAGAGGUCAGCUGCUCCUGGCUCAAACAGGAGGAUCCAGUAGCUGUCUACCACCCAGCAGGUUUCUAAGAUACCAUGUGGAGACUGGGUCCUCCCCAUCUCUUUAGAAAUAGCAGCUUGUUUUCGCUGCUGGCGUGUGUCCAGGGAACCAGGUCCAAGCAGCAGACUGUUAACUGAACGCACAUGGGAACACAAGGCAGUGAGCCUGUGGGAGGAAGGGCCUUCUGGUGGGCCUGCUUCUCCGUCCUGCCUUCCCACCUGUUCACCCUGUUUCAGAGUUGGGAGGCGCCAUCAUGUGCAGUAGUGGUGGGACAGGUCUCACUUGGUGGCUGUGGCCCUGCUGUAGAGCCAUAGUAGUGCAGGCUGGCGAGUGGUCAAGUUGUUCUGCUUCCACCCAGAGGAAGCUGAAGGUUCUCCUCACAAGCCUGAGUUUCUUCUCUGACAGUGGAGGGUUUUGGAAGCCCUAGUUUUCUGUUGAGAUUUAGGGAGACUGACCGGGAGCCGUUGUUCAAGAUCCCUGGGGUCUGAGCUGGAGGGAAGCUUGAACCCCUCAGGAGCACCCCUCUUGCCUGUGUGCUCCCCUCUCCCUCACUGCUGAACUGGGGGAGGGGUGUCCCAGGUCACAUCACUGGAUAGUUAGAAAUAAACUGCUGUGCAAUCAGA